GGGUCACCUCCUGAAUUUGCUAGAAUCCUCUAUUCGAUCAAUAAAAAUAGAGAAAAAAUAAAGCCGAAUCUCCCAGCUGAACUCCCAUGGACCUUAUAGACGCCGAUAUGAUGGAGUCGGAGGCUACCGCCGCCGCGCCACAGCAACAAAGACAAGACCAUGUCGGAAAAGAACUGCUCACAAUGGCUCGCAGCCUUAUCGAUCGAGGCAAGCCUUCCCAGGCUCUUCAAGCGGUUGUGAUGGCAUUGAGAACCACUGGUGGUGAUGAAGCCGUAUUUCAGUCAUUGUACCGUGCUCGUGAAGUGUACUUAACUAGAACGCGAGAAAACACCACAGUUGAUCGGCUGGCUUCUUUGUUUGCCGAGUGUGCAAUAGCUGAAGCUCAGCCUUCAAAAGCUGAAUCACUUCCAUGCAAUCUUAACGGUCCAUCGGUUGCAUCAGAUGCACAUGGGAAUUCUAUACUUGCUGAAGCUGGCAAAAUGCAAAUCGUCUUGGAUGCAUUCUCCGAUGGAAGCAGCUUUAUCUGUUUACAGUGCGGGGGUCUUGUUAGUAAUCAUCGCAAAGACGAGCACUACGCAUACUGGUGUGCCAAUAUGUGAUUUUUUUUCCAGGUACACGGAAUGUAAAUUUGCUCGCUUUAUAAACUAUUUGAAUGCAUGACCAUGAGGCUCAUACUUUCUCCUAUCACUCUCUGCCUGCUAUUGAUAUGUUAGCAAAUGUAGGCGAACCUUUGACGAUCAGUGGCAAAGCCAAAGUGCAUAAAUCAAAAGCGAAGCAAACUUUUUCCUUGCUAAGAGUUUGAAACUGGUCUCAUCCAGACUCCAGUAAUGAAGCGUUUAUUACAGAAUAAUACAAGGUGUUUGAGUUAGCAAUGAUGUAAUCAAAUCAGUGUAUCGUAAGUCUCAUUGUAUCAAAGUUUGAGAAAUUUUAUUCCCCCCC